GGGAAAUGGCAGGGACCAGGAUCGUCAUUGAUCGUCUGACGUAGAUAUCGCUGUCGACGUUUCCUUUUUCUCAGCGUCUGUACGACAAGACUACCUGCAACAACAACAAACUCUUGUUUUGUUUCCUAUCUCGACAGAUAUUCACACGCCACGAGACAAUCAUGACACCUCAGGAGGGAACCAAUGGGGAGAAACUGCCCGUGGCGGAUCAUUUUGAAUCUGCCAGAGCUCCUCGCCAUGGUCGGCAUGACGGCAUCCGAGGGGCAGAUGGCCCGACAAUAAGCCCUGAAACAACAAUUGAGUCCUUCAAACAUAUUGACGAGAAGAAGGUGCUCCGAAAGAUGGACCUCCGUCUCGUCCCCAUACUCGCGCUACUGUACCUCAUGUCGUUCCUGGACCGUGGAAACAUUGGCAACGCCAACAUCCAGGGCUUGUCUGAAGAUCUCGGACUCGCAGGAUGGCAGUAUAACUGGUGCCUCACCGUCUUCUUCUUUUUCUAUUGCUUGUUCGAAUUGCCUUCGAACCUACUCCUCAAAAAGCUCCGCCCCAGUCGCUGGCUCCCUUCGAUCAUGGUCGCAUGGGGCAUCGUCAUGACGUUGAUGGGCAUUGUGCGGGACUUUAAGGGUUUGCUGAUUGCCCGGAUCUUUCUGGGUAUCACGGAGGCGGGACUGUUCCCGGGUUGCGCGUACUACUUGACAAUGUGGUACUGCCGCCACGAGAUCCAGCUCCGCCAGGCAUUGUUCUUUUCGGCCGCCUCCAUUGCCGGUGCCUUCAGUGGUCUCCUGGCAUUCGGCAUUGCCAAAAUGCAAGGUGUGGGCGGUCUCGAAGGUUGGCGGUGGAUCUUCAUCCUCGAAGGCAUUCUCACUAUCCUCGUCGCGAUCAUGGCAUUCUUCGUCAUGCAUGACUUCCCAGAGACAGCCACCUUCUUGACCGAGGAGGAGCGUGCGUUUGUGGUCUUCCGCCUCAAGUACCAGGGCCAACAGCAGAAUGGCAAAGUCAACAACAGCAGCAACAACGAAGGCGAAGAAGUCAGGGUCAACAGGGUCGCCGAGGCCGAGGAGUUCCAGUGGAAGUACGUCUGGGACGCCUUCAAGGACUGGCAGAUCUGGGCCUCCAUCAUCGUCUAUUGGGGUAUCGUCUGCCCCCUCUACGGCAUCAGCCUUUUCCUCCCCACCAUCAUCCUCCAGCUCGGCUACACCUCGAGCACCGCCCAGCUGCUCACCGUGCCGAUCUACAUCACCGCCGCCAUCAUUGCCGUCAUCGUCGCGUGGUUCUCUGACCGCGUCGGCAAGCGCAGCCCUUUUAUCAUCGGGUUCUUGUGUACCAUGCUUGUCGGGUUUGCCAUGUGUAUCGCCUCUUCAACGCCGGGUGUCGUGUACGCGGGCGUCUUCAUUGCUGCAUGCUCAAUCUACCCUGCCUUCCCAGGCGUGAUCACAUGGCUGUCAAACAACCUCGCGGGGAGCUACAAGCGGAGUGCGGGCAUGGCCAUCCAGAUUGGCGUCGGCAACUUGGGCGGUGCGAUGGCGUCGAACUUUUACCGCGCGACUGACAAGCCAAGGUACAUCCUCGGUCACGCUCUCGAGAUCGGCUUCAUCUGCGCCGGCAUCAUCUCGGCGUCGGUCAUGGUGGUGGCAUACACUGGCAUCAACAAGAAACGGGCAAAGCGUCUGGCAGAGGGAGCCGGCAAUGAGCUCUCCUCAGCUGAGUUAUCGGAGAAGGGCGAUCGUGCCGUCACUUUCAGGUAUUACUACUGAAGAUUGACUUUUGAGUAGGAGAUGACUACGGAGUAAGAAUACGACUACG